UCAACAAACACCCCCCCAGACGAGAUGACUGUUGCUGACAACCCAUUCCCAGAGACCCAGGACGUGCUCCAAGGAGUGCAAGUGCGUGCGCGCGUUCCACAGAACGCCCAGCACAUCAUCACCGCGGACGCGCUGGCGUUCAUUGCGAUCUUGCACCGUACUUUCAACAAGACCCGUAAGAGACUGUUGGCGAACCGCCAGGUUGAGCAGUCCAAGCGUGAUGCCGGUAUCUUGCCAAACUUCCUUGAGGAGACCAAGUACAUCAGAGAGGACCCUACCUGGAAGGGCCCUGUGUUGGGACCAAAGCUUCAGGACAGAAGAACCGAGAUCACAGGCCCAGCUUCCAGAUCGAUGCUUGUCAAUGCGCUGAACGCACACGUUGCGACGUAUAUGUGUGAUAUGGAGGAUUCUGCCACGCCAACAUGGCUCAACAUGGUUGACGGCCAGGUGAACCUGUACGACGCUGUCAGAAAGCAAAUCGACUUCAAGAAGGGCAACAAGGAGUACAAGUUGAACCUCAACAAGCACAUUCCAACGUUGAUUGUGCGUCCAAGAGGGUGGCACUUGGAGGAGAAGCACGUGUUGGUUGACGGUGAGCCAGUGUCUGGUUCGAUCUUUGACUUUGCACUGUACUUCUACCACAACGCCAAGGAGACCAUUGCCCAGGGCUUUGGUCCUUACUUCUACUUGCCAAAGAUGGAGCACCACCUUGAGGCCAAGCUGUGGAACGACAUCUUCAACGUUGCUCAAGAUUACAUCAACAUCCCAAGAGGCACCAUCCGUGCCACCGUGUUGAUCGAGACCUUGCCAGCAGCCUUCCAGAUGGAUGAAAUCAUCUAUCAGUUGCGUGAGCACUCUGCAGGUUUGAACUGUGGUCGUUGGGAUUACAUCUUCUCCUACAUCAAGUGUUUGAGAAACCACCCAGAGUUCAUCUUGCCAGACCGUGCGCAAGUGAACAUGACUGUUGGCUUCAUGGCCUCUUACGUCAAGCUUUUGAUCUACACAUGUCACCGUCGUGGUGUCCACGCCAUGGGUGGUAUGGCUGCUCAAAUUCCAAUCAAGGAUGAUCCAAAGCGUAACGCUGUUGCCAUGGCCAACGUUAAGAAGGAUAAGCUCAGAGAGUUCAAUGCUGGUCAUGACGGUACUUGGAUUGCCCACCCAGCUUUGGCUCCAAUUGCUAACGAGAUCUUCAAGCAAAUGCUCACACCAAACCAGAUCAAUUCCGGUAAGGGCGUUGAAGGCUACAUUCCAAUCACUCAACGUGAUUUGUUGUCUCCAUACGUUGAAGGUGGUGAGAUCACCGAGGCUGGUAUCAAGGCCAACUUGGUGAUUGGUUUGUCCUACAUUGAAGCUUGGUUGCGUGGUGUCGGUUGUGUUCCAAUCAACUACUUGAUGGAGGAUGCUGCCACUGCCGAGGUUUCAAGAUCCCAAUUGUACCAAUGGGUUAGACAUGGUGCUAAGACCAAAGAGGGUAAGAUUGUUACCCCAGAGUACACUUCUAAGUUGCUGGGUGAAGUUCAACAACAGUUGGCUUCGAAGGCUAAGCCAGGUCACAAGUUUGCUGAAGCUGCUAACUACUUCAAGGAUGACGUUACCGGCAAGGAGUACCACAACUUCUUGACCACUUUGAUCUACGAUGACGUUACCACUUUGGAGAGAUCUACCCCAGCUACAAAGUUGUAAGCGAAUAACUCUUCCUUUUUCACGUCAUUAUAUAGCUUAAAAAACACAUUUUUGUUGAUCAAAUCAAAAGUUCAGAAUAAG